UUUUGCCGCCGCGACAGUGGUUACUGUAGUGGUCAGUGACUCAGUAUAGCUUCCUCCAAUCUCGAAGGAACUUUCAGUCCAGCUGGAGCUUUGAUUCCAACGACUCGAAAGCGAAACGGAGCCAACGGCUCUGAAGCAUACUCGCGACUUCCUUCGGGAUCGAGUGGAGUCUUUUGGAAGGGAAAUCCAAUGGCGUGUGCGAACAGAGAGAGGCUGUUGGAAAAGGUUGAUGAGAAGAAUUGCCCAGGAUGUCGUAUGGAUCGUGCAAAGGAGGAGCAAACUGGGGUGCCUUACAAGAACUUGUCCUAUAUAUGGAUUGUCUCCCUUUGUACUGCUUUGCCAAUAUCAUCUCUAUUUCCAUUUCUUUACUUCAUGAUCAGGGACUUCCAUAUUGCAAAGAGAGAGGAAGAUAUUGGUUUCUAUGCAGGAUUUGUGGGAUCUUCGUUUAUGGUUGGAAGAGCUUUGACGUCUGUUUUGUGGGGAGUGGUAGCUGAUCGAUAUGGUCGAAAACCUGUUAUAUUGAUGGGAACAUUUUCAGUGGUUAUAUUCAACACACUUUUUGGCUUCAGUACAAGCUUCUGGAUGGCACUUUCCAUGAGGUUUCUUCUGGGAUGUUUCAAUUCUCUACUUGGUACAAUAAGGGCAUAUGCUUCAGAGGUUUGUAGAGAAGAGCAUCGGGCUCUAGGACUGUCAAUUGUUAGUACAUCACGAGGCAUAGGACUGAUUAUUGGACCCGCCAUAGGAGGUUUUUUUGCCCAGCCUGCUGAAAAGUAUCCAGAAAUAUUUGCUAAAAGCUCCAUCUUUGGGAGGUUCCCUUUCUUGCUACCCUGCCUGUUAAUUUCGAUUUAUGCAGCAGGAGUAUUCGUUUCUUGUUGGUGGCUUCCAGAAACGUUGCACAUGCAUAAUGAGAGGGUAAGUGAAAGAUUCGAUCCAUGUGAUGUUCUGGAAGCUUCAUCAAAUGAAAUUAGUGAGGUGGAAAACAUCACAGACGUUGACAGGAGAGCAGCACCUUCUAAAGCCAAUCUCCUAAAGAACUGGCCUUUAAUGUCUACUAUCAUUGUAUAUUGUGUUUUCUCACUUCAAGAGAUGGCUUACACUGAAAUAUUCUCUUUAUGGGCAGUUAGUAACAAAAAGUAUGGAGGGUUAGGCUUUUCAUCUCAAGAUGUUGGCAUAGUUCUAGCAAUCUCAGGGUUGGGGCUUUUACUGUUUCAACUUUUGUUGUAUCCACCAAUGGAAAGAGUCCUUGGGCCAGUUAUGGUUACGCGCCUCUCAGCGGUGAUAUCAAUACCAUUGCUGUCAAUUUACCCUUAUAUAGCUAUCCUCUCGGGCUUAGCCCUUCAUUUGGUAAUAAACUGUGCGUCAAUGUUGAGGAAUGCUCUAUCUGUUUCCCUUGUCACUGGAUUAUUCAUAUUGCAAAAUAAUGCCGUGCCUCAAAACCAAAGAGGAGCUGCUAAUGGCAUUUCCAUGACUGCAAUGUCGGUUUUCAAAGCAUUUGGCCCUGCAGGAGGAGGUGCUCUCUUUUCUUGGGCCCAAAAGCGGCAAGUAGCUGCCUUCCUCCCAGGUAAUCAGAUGGUUUUCUUCAUUUUGAACGUGGUCCAGUUUAUCGGCUUGCUACUUACUUUCAAGCCAUUUCUUGCACUCUCUCCACACAGAAGCGAGGAAAAUGUUGCGAGAAAAACAUAGUUAUUUGUAAGUGGAAGACUUUCUGAUCCGUUAUGUGGCGACUAAAUACUUCCUGAACUUCCUGUCCCAAUAAUUCUGUCACUACAUUAAGCAUUGUAUUUAACAAAUUUCAACUUGUACUGUCGUUUCUCUCAUUAGAGGUAUUGUGGCUGUGCUGUAUUACUACAGAUUCAAAUUUGUGAUUACAGUUUACUUC